AGCUCCUGCUGCUUUUUCUCCCCACCCUUCUCUCUUGCUCUUGACUUCCAUCUUCUCUUCAUCCCGCUUGCCUCCUGCCGUCUUGCCCGUCCCUUUUAUUCGUCCUCAUCGUGCUCCUCGUCGACCACAGUCCUUUCCCCGUCGUUGCCAAUCGAAACCCCGGUCUACAAUACGGUCUCCAACACGGUGACAAAAUGGAUCUCCAGCCCGACAACUUGUCCGAAUCAAAGACUGGCCCCAAGCCUCCUGUAGUGCGUGGUGCCAGGGCCUGUACGACAUGUCGUGCCGCAAAGAUGAAGUGUGUCGGUGCAGAGGACGGUCAAAAACAGUGUCAGCGUUGCAAACGUGCCAACGUAGAAUGCAUUUUUGAAAAGCAUAGGCGGGGUCGGAAGCCAGGUUCCAAACUUUCAGAGGCCUCGAAAAUGCUCCGUCGUCUCGAAAAGGGUCUCAUCAACGCGAAGCGAAAGUCCCAGUCUUCAGAGUCCAACAUGCUGCCGCCAUUCCCUGAAUCUGGUCAUAAUGGUUCUACCGAGUCGUCUUUUAACGGUGUCCUUCGUGGAGAUCCGUACACAUCUCCUGGCACUCAUUUCCCGUCUAACGAGCUCCCUCCACUGAAUCUCCCACAUUACGCAAACGGUCCGGAUUAUCCCACGUCAAGCAGCAGCACCCGAACCGUGGACAUGGACGACGACGAUGAUGACCCUGAUCGCAACAACGAGGCACUCUUUCCAGCCAAGAUGAUUCGGAAGGAAAAUCAAAGGAAUUCCUUUUUCCGCACUAUUCUCAAUCCGGAGGAUGAAAACGUCGCGGGCCAGACUCCUACCCGUGGCGCUUCAUUCAGCCCACCUCAGUCGCGCAUGACCCCCGUCUCUCCGGGACUCAAUGACCCAAUCUCAGCUGGCAUCAUUGAUGAAGAGGAAGCCAAAGUCCUCUUCGACGCUCUCUUCAUCAGGCUCAAUCCUUUCAUCAAUUUGUUUGACCCUGCCCUGCACUCGGUGACCUAUGUUCGGUCAAGAUGCCCUUUCCUGUUUAGUACCCUAAUCAUGGCCGCGUGCCGGUUCUUCAGACCCGAAUUAUUUAAACAAUGCCAAAAGAUCGCAAACGAUUAUGCCGUUCAAGCAUUUGCCCAGGCUUGGAAGAGCGUGGAGGUCGUGCAGGCUUUCUGUUGCCUCACCUAUUGGCGAGAUCCAGAUGAUAAUCGCACUUGGACUUAUAUCGGAUAUGCUUGCCGAAUGGCCAUAGAACUGGGGCUCAAUCGCUACGUUCCGGUGUCACCGCCCCAUGAAACGGAGUUCCAGAUGCGUGAACGUAGAAACCGAGAGCGUACAUACCUUGUGUUGUUUGUUCACGAUCGGAGCCUCAGCACACAGACUGGAAGGAGCUGGAUGCUUCCGGAGGACGCAUUGGUUCGUCAUUCUUCAACAUGGCACGAACAAGGCGGCAGCACCAUACGGCCCGAAGACGUGAUUGUCUCUGCUUUUGUUCAAUUGCGCCAUAUUGCUGCUGAGACAACCGACAUCUUUCAUACUUCCAAGGCCGAUAAUCCUCAUGGCAUCCAAAAUGAUAUCAAGUAUGAGGUCGUCCUCCGUAACUGUAACAACAAACUCUCGCAAUGGAUGGACACAUGGCAGCGGGAAAUGCACCGAGCUGGCGGUGAAUCAUUCCAUUUCUCGUUCUUGAGUCUGUUCAGGCUGUAUAUCAGGCUGUUCUUGAACAGCUUUGGGAUUCAGGAUUCCGUUGCUUCCGGUGGUCGCUCUAGUCCUAGCGUGCAAGCGCUAUCUACAUGUUACACCAGUGCCAUGGACGCCUUACGUAUUCUUUCACAAGAUUUUGCUGACAUGAGCAUGCUUCGCUACGGUCAGGACACAAUUACGAUCAUGUCUGCGUAUUCUGCAGUCUUUCUGCUCAAGCUUUUACGAAGCUCCAGCACCUAUCCGCAAUUGCAUGACGGGGCUGCUUCGGAGAUUCAUGCCAUUAUAUCAAAAACAGCUGAUUCGUAUCACGAGGCGUCUACUCUUUCUCCCGCGUCAACUCUGGCAGCUUACCAUGCCCGGUUCCUGCGAAGUCUAUUGACAAAUGAUCUAUUUAAUGCUCGAAGGGCCGAGAAGGGAAGAUACGAGACACCGAUUGAUCCUCGGCUUCAAGACUCGCCGACUACCAUUCAGACCCCCCCUCAGGGAUAUCCCCCUAGUUCAUCACAUGAACAAAAUUUCCACUUUCCCGCAUCUCCCCAUCUUCCGGCACAUCCAGUGACGCAAGAUUCUCAUUAUGCCUCUUCCGAGGUUAUGCGACCAGGCAGCAAUGCUAGUGCAUCGUCCAAUGGGAGCUAUCAUCCAUCCUACAUUGGAGGGCAGCAUACUGCGGAGCUAGAUGCGCAGUACUGGAAGAAUAUGUUUCUCGAUCUAGGGUUCGGCGGAAAUGUUGAGCAAGCCGGUCCGCCCUCUCAAGCUCAAGCUUCAGGGCACAGCAAUGGCGACUUACGUUCCUCGUACGAUGUUCGUCACCAACACCAAGCGUACCAUAUUACUCAAUCCUCUCAUCCAAGCUACUGAAUUGAUUUGACGCUGUGUCGCUUUGUUUCCAUCUUGAUCUUGUUAUAUUAAGUGUUGUAUAGUACUUUUUUCGUACCGCCUGUCUAACCAACCAUCUGUUGAACUGCAUA